AGUUUCCGCUCGACAUCAUCAAAGUUUCAAAGUCACGCGCAAUCCGGUAAAGUCGUCGAGGAAACCACGCAGCAAACAGGAUGCCGGGUCGUAAUAAGGAACAGGAAGCCGAGAUCCUCGCCUGGAUCGAGGCUGUGACAGGCGAGAAGCUCCCGCCAGGAAACUACGAGGAUGUUUUGCGGGACGGCGUAAUCCUUUGCAAUUUAAUUAACAAACUUGCGCCCGGAUCAGUCAAGAAGAUUCAAGCUAAGGGCACCAAUUUCCAACUUAUGGAGAACAUCCAGAGAUUCCAAGCGGCGAUCAAAAACUACGGUGUCCCGCAAGAAGAAAUUUUCCAGACUGCGGAUCUUUUCGAAAGACGUAACAUCCCUCAAGUCACCCUCUGUCUGUACGCCCUGGGUCGACUCACGCAGAAGCAUGACUGGACCGGGCCGAGUUUAGGGCCGAAGAUGGCGGACGAGAACAAGAGAACCUUCAGCGAAGAUCAGCUUCGUGCUAGCGAGGGUCACCUGGGCCUUCAGAUGGGAUACAAUAAGGGCGCCAGCCAGUCUGGUCACGGCGGUUUCGGAAAUACUCGACAUAUGUAAAUUGCUUUUUAUAGAAAAGAAUUAACACACGCCUGUAUCAUAUACGUCUACAACGACUGGUUAGACUAUCGAACACGAAGUAUGAUACAAUAAAAACGUUGAAGCAAGUCGCAUUUUUUAACCGCGCGUAUAUUAAAUGUGUGCGUGAGAGAGAAUAAAAAAAAUUACGCUUUCGAAGUGCCUCUCAAAUUCAUAAGUUUCAAAAUGUCACGAGAAACAUCUACUCAUUUCCAUUGUCGAUCACUAUUGUCAUAAGCGAGUCAAAUCAUUUAUACUGUGCUUCUCUAAGAGUAAUCUCUCCUUCCACUUUGUCAUACAUACACAUAUUUACAGUA